UGCAGUUAGUAUCGUCAAGCUGCCAUGUCAUUGACGUCGGAUUUCAGUUUCCUGGGCACCUCGGAGAGUAGCUCUGUCAAAGGGAAUGUUUUUGCAAGAUGACGUAGCUCAGCUGGACUAUGCGAUCCCGCAAUGAUCGGCCAUCAUGUCGCUGUCAGUGGGCCGGGCACGACCGCUCUUUACCAAGGCGAACCUCCCCUUAACCUGUACUAUCGACCUCUUCAACAGAAUGAUUAUAACGCUUUAAAGGCUAUCCACCGAGACCUGUUCCCUAUUGACUAUGAGGAGGUCUUCUUUCAAAAGGCCGUCUCGGGGGAAGACAGAGUCUUCUCCUGGGCUGCUGUACACAGUCAGAACGGCAGGGACCACCUUGUCGGCUUCGUGACAGCUCGGCUGGUGUACAUGCACGAAUGCGACCCCGUGGACCGCCAAGUAAUGGGCCUGUCCUCGCGCUCGCUGGACGGCUGCUGCGGCUGCUACGUGUUGACGCUGGGUGUGGUGCCGAGCUGCCGGCAGUGCGGCAUCGCGAGGUGUCUGUUGGGGCUGGUGCAGCAGCACGCGGCGCGGCUGAGGUGUCGAGCCAUUUUCCUGCACGUCAUAUCGUACAACAUCGGAGCCAUGCGGCUGUACGGCGGCGCCGGCUACCAGGCUAUGGCCCGUCUGCCCAACUUCUACCACCUGCUCACAGGCCGGCAGCCCGACCCGUCUCAAACCUGGUUCGACGCCUUCCUCUACGCGCUGUUCCUGCCGCCCGGCGGGGUCCUGGGUGCGGGCGGCGGCAGUGGGGAGGUCUCUCCCGCGCUGCAGUGGGCUGGUGGGGUGAUUGGGGCGGCGGUGGCGCCGCUUCGGUCGGUGCUGGGCACCUUUCAGGGCUGUGUGCCUGCUUGGUUAAGCAGGCAAACGUACAGCACCUUCCUGCCCUUCGCCGCCUCCGCAGCUGCGUUGACGUCCUGCAAGGACCAGCCCCGCGGCGCGCCUCCGACCCCUAACGGACAGCGACACCAGCAGCAGCCGCUGCAUCAGCAGUGGCCACUGUCUGCGGGGCCCUAUCCCUACAUGCAGCAGCAGCAGCAUGUGUCGCAGGACCCGGGGGCAGCAUGCCUGCCGUACUCACCAGCCGGCCCACAGCAUCCACACCAACACCCUCCGCAGCAGCAACAAUUGCAGCAGCAGCAGCAGCGAUAUUCGCAGGAAUGCGGACCCGUCUCCUCGCAGGGUUGGGUGCCGGCGGGCGGCAACCGCAGGGACUACGAGGCUCACCCACAAGCGCCUAACUGGCCGCAAGCGUUGCCAUGGGAGCAGCAGGGGCCCGGGGAGGCUGCCUUGCCCAUGCCCGGGCCCAUGCAGGGAGGGCCCAUGCAGCAGCAGCAGCCAGCAGGGGAGGGGUACGGGCCGGUGCUGCGCCCACCCUCCCCGCUGGCUCCACCCAGCCACGCAGGGCGGUGCGCCACGCCGCAGCAGCAGCCUCCUCAGCAGCAGGCUUACCCAGCGGCGGCUGGCGGCGGCUUCGGUGAAGCAGGCGUGAUGCCGACCUACACCGCCGCCGGGCCCGGGUAUUGCCACCCACAUCCCUACCAGGUGCAGCAACAACAACAACAGCCGCCGCCGCAGCAGCAGUAUAACGAUUUUAGACAACGACACGGACAUGGGCUUAGCCGUAGUAACAGCCGCAACAGUUACCAGCACCAGAAGCAUCCCCAGCAGCAGCAACACCAACACCAACAGCAUCCCUCUGGAGAGGACGGUAACGGAAGCGCUCAAGGAGACCUCGAGUGUAGCAGCAGGAGCAGCAGCGGGGCACAUCGCAACCCGCAGGGAUUGGGUGGCAGCGGCCUGCACAUGCGACCUCAGCAACACCAGCAGCAGCAGCAGCAGCAACACAAUCAGAGGCAACGGCAGAGUGGCUCGUUGCUUACGUCGCUGCUGCGGCCGCCGGCAGCGCAGCCGCAUCCGCAUAGGCGGUAGAUGGCGCCCAUGUUGCUCCGGGUGCUAGUCCGGCAUUUGGGACGCCAUCAUCCCCCGACCGAUAUAAUACGAUCUGGAUCAGUGUUUCCGCGGCUUAAGUUAUCCAAUCCCGGUGAUGGCUUGCAGGGGCUGGUCUUGGAGCAUGUUGAAUGGUGAUGGGUAUUUGGUGGUUGGGCUUGGAGCACGGCAACGUGCUUUGGGUGAUGACACAAGGGGCGCGUUGGUUACCCUCGGACUGGUGCCUGGUAUAGCUGCACAGACAUUGUGUUUUAGUGAGCAUGAGGCUAGGGUUGCGGUGCUGGACUGGGUGUGAGGUUAGCGUUGUUAGGACCUUAGUGGCGGUUGUGGGUGUCGCGAAUUUUGUAUAAGAUGCCUGCCAGCAAGCUAGGGAGGUCCGCCGGGGACGGGGAUGCGGUAAACUGGCUUGACACGCAUCCAACGCAUGAAGGCAGAAGGGAUAAUGGGAUUCGGAUGGAUAGUAACAGACGUCUCAUUGUCUGUGCGGCUUAUGAACGUGGCAUGGGAUCUCCUGCCGUAUACGGCUCUGCCAGCUGCGGAUAGACCUAUGGGGUGACGCCUUUAAGGCGCCAUCUCUUCAGUAACGUUGGUUAGUGUUCUUGGCCCGCGUGGCUCGUACGGACACACUGUACGCGCAUUCAGACUAACGUAACUGUAAUUGCACCGGUGGGGCAAGUCCUUUGGAUAACAUCUUGGAGGGUGGCUACUACAUUAAGCGUGUUGCGGAUAUUUGUGGUCGCUGGGUAGCCUUGAGCGCAAUUCACAUACCGAGUGAUGAGCUGGGGUGACGGCCCCAUGCAACGCCCACAUCAAGCACGGGCUCCUAAGCCUCUUCAAGGAGAUGCAACGCGCGCGAC